CUACCAGUCCAACAUGAAACUUUUGAUUUUGUUGGCUUUGUCAUGGAAAUUUUCGUUUUCCAUGAAUUCAUUUGAAUUCUGUAAUUUCUGUAACCCGGGAGAAUUGUACCUGAACUGCGAUAGUGACGAAUGUGACAGUGAACAGAUUCACACCAUCAAGGAUGAAAGUGUUAUCUGUGGAGAUGAGGAAGUACUCAGGGAGAACAUCACGACCCUCAGUAUUAGGCGAUGCAUUUUUAACGAGUUCAAUUUGUUUAAAAACUGCACAUUGCUCAAACUGCACUAUAUUGAAGAUAUGCAUUCGAUGCAAAAGGAGACACUCAGUGAAAUGAAUCAGUUGACAAACAUCGAACUCAUGUAUACAGAUCCUGAAGAUCUGACAUGGCUAGCAUCGGCCAUUUCUGGUCUAGCAAAUUUGCGAUCAGUUCAUUGUUACGGUUACAAUUUAACAAAGAUGAGUGCAUCAUCGUUUCAAGGCGUCCACCACUUAAAGAAAUUGCUUAUCGCAGAGUAUACGAAUCCAACAUUGUCAUCAUUGCCUCCUGGUCUGUUUCGCGAUUUGAAUCAAUUGGAAACUUUGAUUCUUCAUUUGGGUCAUUUGUCAAAUUUCAGUGCCAUUGACUUUACCGGAUUGGAAAAAUUGACGUCGUUAAACAUAAAUAUGAAGCAAAUUUCGUUUAUACCUACAAAGAUGUAUAUUCCGAAGAGUCUAAGAUAUUUGGUGCUACAGGACAAUGGUAUCCGCGACAUUGCAUCAACUUCAUUCUCACAAAUGCCCAAUUUAAUUCGCCUGGAAAUGAGUCUCAAUCAAAUUGAGCGGCUACCCGCAAACGCCUUCAUCGAAUUAACUGAUUUGAGAGUGUUAAAUUUGUGGGAUAAUUCCAUUGAUCGCAUUGAAAAUGGUGCAUUUACGAACUUGAAAAAUUUGAAAAAAUUAGAUUUGAGAAACAACAAACUUACUGCUCUGGACGAAUACACUUUCAGAGGACUUCGUAAUUUGAAAUAUUUGAGUUUGAGGGGCAACUCAAUAUCGACCAUAAGUGUCAACGCAUUUUCGGGUUUACCCAAUUUGGUCCAAUUAAUCUUACGCAAACAAGAUGGACUGGAAACUAUUGACUUGAAUGCAUUCCCGCAGUUUGUUGACUUACAGACGAAAACUGUUAUUUAUACUGCAAUAAGCACGGAGCCAGAUGAUUUUGAAAAGAAGGAAAUGGAACGACUUGAAGACCCCAAUUAUAUGGAAUUAUUCGGAAGUUUUUAUAUAGGCAAGCCAGAUCAUCAAGUCGAUUUGCACAAUUUGACGAAAAGUAUGGCAGACCAAUCUCUAAUUUUGGGCAAUUUGGAUUUGUCAAUUAAUCGAAUCACUUCCAUAAACGUUGAAAAAAGCCUAGUUUAGCUGAAGUUAAUUUACAAUAUUUUGCAUGUUUUGUAUCAUCAGAUUUUAACCCAAUAAAAACAGUCAUUUUGA